GGGUUUUUAAGGGCAGAGCCCUGGCCUGGGGGGCACUGGGACAUCGGGACUGGCAGGGAUGCAGCGCCUGGCACUGCUCGGGUGCCUGGUGGCUCUGAGCCACUGCGCUCUCGCCGCCAAAGUGUGUCCCAGGCCGCCAGAAGUGCUGUUUGCCACCCUUAAUGUAGACAAAAAGGUGUAUGAAGUGGGUGAGGAAGUGGAGUACACCUGCCGGCCAGGGUUCAUGCCCAACAAUGGGCAGAGGAAGUACACCUGCCUCCCGACAGGAAAAUGGGCAUUCAACACCCUGCUCUGCCUCCCAAAGAGAUGUCCUCCUCCUCCACCCCUGAAGAAUGGGAAAAUGAAUUUUGAAGAGUUCCAGUACCAGAGUUCUGUAACUUUUUCGUGUGAUCCAGGCUACAACCUCGUUGGGUCAAGAUCAAGCCAGUGCAUGGCAGAUGGAAAGUGGACUGGAACUUUCCCUCAGUGCCAACCGGUGUCUUGCGCCCCUCCCUCGCUUCCGGAAUUUUCGGUCCUUUCUUACCGUCGCCUGCAUGCUGGAAAUGUCUCUCAUUUCCUGGACACAAUCCUGUUUGAAUGUGUCCCUCCUCUUGCCCUGAUUGGGAAUGAGACAGCCACCUGCCUGGCCAAUGGCACCUGGAGCAGCAUUCCAGAGUGCAAAGUUGUCACCUGCCCCACUCCGAUAGGAAUCGAGAACGGGUUUAUUGAGUUUGUGGCACGCAGGACGUACCACUACAACGAGAGCGUCAGCUUUGGCUGCCAGCCCGGCUACGUGAUGGAGGGAUCCAAGCAUUCCCGCUGUGAGAACACUGGGAACUGGUCCACAAAGCCAGCCUGCAGAGCACCAUGUAAAAUACCAGUUAAGAAAGCUGUAGUGUUGUACAACGGGGAGAAGAAGACAGUUCAGAACGAUCUGAAGGAUGGCAUUCUGCACGGGGAAACUGUGUCCUUCUUCUGCAAGAACAAGGAAAAAUCCUGCGCCUAUACUGUAGAUGUGGCAUGUGUGGAUGGCAACUUCACCCUCCCUGCCUGUUUUAAAGAACGUGGCUUUUUUUCAAGUCUGGUGAAGAAAGAUUACUCAGAGAUGAAAGCAUGUGAAGAUGAAGCAGAGCAAUAACCCAGUACCAAAUUUCUGCCUUACUGAGACAGAACAUUCCAUAUGAGAGGAAAUCUUAGGUCCUGUGAGUGUAACUUGGGUUCAGUGAAUGUAACUCGGGUGCUGUGAGUGUGAAUUCCCAGGUGAACUCCAGACCCCAGGAACGCUUUUUUCCCUGCCUCCAUUCCCAGCCUCUUCCACAAGCUACAACACAUCAGCUCAGCCAUUAACUCCCAUUCUCUUGUCUCUGCCUUCUCCCAAAUCCCUGCACUACUGCUUCUCUUUCCACAUUUCCAAUAUUUCUGCAACUGGAAAUGACCUCCUCAAUAGCAGCUGCUUUACAAUAAAGUGAUUUUCAGCCA